AAACAUUGCGGCCGGCGGCGACAACAUCUCCAAGGACGAGGUGAUCGCGGCCGCGAAGCUCGCCAACGCCCACGACUUUAUCAUGAGCCUUCCGAACCAGUACGACACCAUGUGCGGCGAGAAGGGCACGACGUUGUCCGGUGGCCAAAAGCAGCGCGUCGCGAUCGCCCGAGCGCUCGUGCGGCAGCCCAAGAUCCUCGUGCUCGACGAAGCCACGUCGGCGCUCGACAACGAGAGCGAGCGCGUCGUGCAGGCGGCGCUCAACGACCUCAUGGAGAAGACCAACAUGACGACGAUCGUGAUUGCGCACCGGCUGUCGACGAUCCGCAAGGCAGACAAGAUCAUCGUGUUGUCCAAGGGUCUCGUGGUCGAAGAGGGCACGCAUGCGACGUUGAUGGACAUUGAAGACGGGUUGUACCGGACGUUGGUCGAGCUCCAAGACGGCACGGCGUCGACCGACUCGUCGGAUGUUGACUCGCCGUCGCACGCCGAGCGCAUCUCGCUGGCGCUGGAAGCGGCGGACGUCGACAAGGCCGAGCUCAUCCGCAAGUAUAGCAGCGCGCCGGCCGCCGAGGUCUCGCUCUGGCGCAUCAUCCAGCUGACCAAGCCGGAGCGGCCGUACAUGAUUGCGGGGUUCGCUGCGUGCAUUUUGAACGGCUUCUCGAUGCCCGGUAUCUCGCUCAUCAUCUCGAACGUGCUCUCGUCGAUGCAAAAGUACUUUACGCUCUUCGUACAAACCAAGGACGCGUCGUACCUCCACACGCUCUACACCGACAUUCGGACGCAGGCGAUCAUCUUCAUCGGGAUCGCGGUCGCCAUGUUCUUUGUCGGCUUCACGCAGACCUUUAGCUUCCGCACGAUAGCCGAGAAGCUCACGACGCGGCUGCGCAACAUGCACUUCCAGGCGCUCAUGCGCCAGGACAUUGGCUACUUUGACAUGGACGGCCACACGACCGGCGCUUUGACAACCGACCUCGCCACGUACUCGACCAAGGUCGUCGUCAUCGCCGGCGAGAACCAAGCGCGGCUACUGCAGACCAUCUUUACCAUGGUCGGCGGUCUCGUCAUCUCGUUUGGCUUUGGCAGCUGGCAGCUCACGCUCGUCAUGCUCUGCGUCAUGCCCAUCAUGCUCAUUGCGUCCGUCGUGCGCACGCGUCAGCUCCGCAACCACAACGUCACCGACACGCUCACCACGUCCGGAUCGCUUGCGACUGAAGCGAUCGUCAACGCCCGGACGGUCACGGCCCUCGGCCUUCAAGAGAACCUUGUCGCCAAGUACGAUACGCUGCUGCUCGAGCCGAUGCAAGACGGCGUCCGCGAAGCUCAACUCUCGGGCGGCCAGAAGCAGCGCAUCGCGAUCGCGCGUGCGAUCAUGAAGAACCCGUCGAUUUUGCUACUGGACGAAGCCACGUCGGCGCUCGACUCGGAGAGCGAAAAGGUCGUCCAAGAAGCGCUCGACAAGCUGCUGGCGGCCAAGGGCCGGACGACGAUCGUGAUUGCGCACCGCCUCUCGACGAUCCGGAACGCCGACAAGAUCUGCGUCGUGAGCGGCGGCCGCAUCGCAGAGCAAGGCACACACGACGAGCUCAUGCGUCUCAACGGCAUCUACACGCACCUCGCGUCGCACAACCAGAUCUAGUCUGCCUCACGCUACGAUCGCAGAAGUGCUGUCUAGCAUUUUACAUCAUUUUAAACCUUAAACCUGUUUUCACUACCUUGAAACACUGAUAGAUUGCCAUCA